AUGCGUGGAUUUUUGAUUUUCGGCGCGAUUUUUGCGGUGAUUUUGGCGCAGGUUAGUGGAUUUUUCAAAAAAAAAAUUUUCAAGUAGCGCCCAUGGGGAAUCGAACCCGUGACCUUUUUUCUAGAAUUGCACCUGGACAAAUUGGUCGUCCUGGACGACUUGCUCGGAGAAUUGCGGUAAUUGUGGAACUCAGAAGCGGCUCAGAACUUGUGCCAAUUCGACAAUCGCGUGUGCCACGUGUCAAGGGUUGGUUUUGCCGCCAAAAAUUACCGUAGUCCAAAAAUUUUGCUUCAGAAAUUCCUCGGAAUCUCAAAUGUGCAACGCGCAGGUUUGCGUUUAUCCCAAAUCGAGCUGCUGUUUUGGAGCACCCGCUUCUGUUGAUGGACUUUUUCAGUGUAGUUUGACGUAG